ACCACCAAAAAAAAAAAGAAGUGCAUGAUUUAAGGAAUUUAACCUUUAUCGAUAAUUGUUCCAAUUGGAAGACAGAUAUAUAUUGGAGAAGACAGACAAUGGAUCGGAAUUCGGACACGGCUAAUUGGCUUCGGAAUUCGCAUCCAUUUUUUUCAACAUGUGGAUCCCAUCUCCGUCCAUUGGUCAAAAAGUGCUAAUGACCUUUUGGAGUAAAUCUUGGCCCUUUCCAAACUUUAUUGUAAAGGGUAGUAAAACAGAGUACCUUGCUUCACCCAAAGUUGCCGAGUUCUACUCAGCAAGCAGGAAAAAAUGUGUUCUCUCUGGUGUUCCUUUGUGCUCUUCACGCUAGCAGUAGUGCUUCAUUCACUACAUGAACUAAGAGCUACUCCUUGCCGCACCUCCUGUGGCGCCAUUGCCAUAAACUACCCAUUUGGCAUUGACGAUGGCUGCGGCGCCCCCCAGUUCCGCCACAUGUUCAAUUGCAGCACCGACUUGUUCUUCAUUACCCCUUCCGGCAACUACAAAGUUCAAUCCAUUGACUACCAGAAGAAGAUUGUGGUAAUCUACGAUCCUGCCAUGUCCACGUGCUCCAUUCUCCAACCCCAUCACGACUUCAUGAUGACGGAAGUCCAGUCUGCAAUAAUCAUUCCCACUUCCGACACCGUCUUCACUCUCUUGAACUGCUCCAUCGACUCUCCGGUGCUCAACCACUACAAGAAUCUCUGUUUUAGCUUCGCCGGUCACACUUGUGACGAACUCUACGGUGCCUGCAAUGCGUUCAGGGUUUUCCACUUGCUAACGAACAGUUCCCCGCCGUGUUGUUUUACAGGGUACGAUACUGUUAAGUACAUGAGCAUGAAUAUUUUGGACUGCACACAUUAUACUACUGUAAUCAACACCGAUAGUUUGAAGGGCGUCGGACCAUUGGAUUGGGUGUAUGGGAUCAAACUGUCGUACUCGGUGCCAGACACCGGAUGUGAACGGUGCACAAAGUCCGGCGGCACCUGUGGGUUUGACACAGAGACUGAAGGAAUGAUGUGCCUCUGUUCCGCUAUUACAAAUGCUACUAGAGAAUGCGCUGCAGGUGUUCUUGCAGAUGGAGGAGGAGGGCAGGCUUUGAAGGAGUGCUGUUUUUUGGCAUUUCAAUUUGUAAUUGGAGCAUUUGUUUUCAUGAUUUUAGGAUGGUCAAAAAGGGUGUUUUAUUACUGAGCCUUCGGAUCAAGUGGCAGUAACCACCUCACGGUGCACUCUCACCUUUUCUUGAGCUGGGGUUCGACCCAGCUCCUUAUCAACUUGUUAAAAAAAGGGUGUUUUAGUUUUGCAUUUUUCAACUUUGUUGAAAAUCAACUUCCGUUCUUUAUUUAGUUGAAUGAAAUCAAUCUGCCGAA